UUGUUUACCUGCCGACUGGCCGGGUGAUGAAACCGCCGGGGCGUCUCCUCCUCCUACUGGGCUGGCAUUGUUGUUGUUUUCGUUUUCCGCUAGCGGGCUGAACUUGUUGUUAUUGAGCACAUUCUGCUCCACUUUUCCUUCUCCGACGACAGCUCCGGUGAUGUCAGGGGUCUUCUUCCGCUUCCGAUUUCCGGGGAUGAGUUGAAAAUCAUCCGUCUCGGAGGUCUCUUCCACCUCCAUCCGUCAAACAACUCGAGGCACGAUGCCUUUAGCGCUCACGUCACACACGUCUACACUCUCGGAGCUGUCAGAGCCAAGUGUGUGAGUGAAAAAGAUUAUCCGCCGAAUAAUCAAGCGGAUGAUUUUUUGAGAUUAUUUUCACCGAUUUUUCGUACGCGAGAGAGAAGAGUGAACGAAAGACGGUCGAGAAAGUCUGCGUUUUGAGUUGGUAGUACACUGACCUAGUCGGAGCUUAGAGCAAACAUGUUCGGAACGCGGAAGAAUCUCGGAAUGCGGAACGGUUUGGGCGCCGCCAUGCUGCUCACGAACCCUGAAUGGCUCCUUUUACACGUCUGUUGGUCGAUCCUGUGCAUCGUCGAGAGCUACCGCCUGUUCCUGCACGACGAUUACAGCGCGUUCAUUCGUUGGAUCAUCGUAACGGCACUAUUAGUCCUCAUUUUUCCUUCGAAGCCACCUGCGUUACGUUCCUACGGAAGGCCACCGUUUUCAUCGCCCAGAUUCACAUUGAGCAACAUGGUUGGAUUCCUUUUGGCGAAAACGGUUCUUCUGGCCAUUCCGAGUACUGAAUGGAUCUUCUUGCACUGGCUGCUUGCGCCGUUUGGAGUUGCAAUUGGAAUCUGGUCCGUUGGCAAUCUCGGCAUUGAAAAAGGAGUCAUUUGGCACAGUUUGGCAGCGGCUUUCUUGUCUUACGCGAAUCUCUUCGUUCUGAAGUUUGUACCGAACAAUACGCACAGACUUGCUGUGGUAACUUUUGUGACGGCGAUCGCGUUCAAUUUGUUUUCCAAAGAAUGGGAUAUCCCCAACCACGUGCAAUCUCCAAGGAGAGUAGCAAACCAAAUUUUUAACGGUGCUGUACAAUUCUUCUCAAUAGUAAUAUUGCCGCUGUUCGAAUUUUAUCAGAAUGUCGACAAAAUCGACUCGGACGCCGAAGAUCGCUGGAACGUGUUCUACGGAUAUGCCAAAAUCUGGUGGAAAGUAUUGUGUCGACUUUAUAAGUUUAUCCAACAAAACGACCAAGCCGCAUAACUUAAAAUGUAUUAUUUCGAAUGCAGAAAUAAUAAAAAAGUGCCUUUUUUAC